AUGAACCCCUGGCCUCUUGUUGAUGCGCAGACGUCCAUCACUAUCAGCACGUACACCAUGGUAGCCUUCACCGGCAAGCGUUCAUACGAAGCGGAGAAGGUCAUGAACCAUCUACAGGACACCGAGUGGGGUCUGCUGCUGAUGGACGAGGUGCAUGUGGUGCCAGCUAACAUGUUCCGUAAGGUGUUGACCAACACAUCGGCGCAGUGUAAGGUGGGAUUAACCGCUACACUGGUGCGAGAAGACGAUAAAAUCGCCGAUCUGAAUUUUUUGAUUGGCCCAAAAUUGUACGAAGCAAAUUGGAUGGAUUUGCAGAACGAAGGGUUUUUGGCGAAGGUCAAAUGCUGGGAAGUAUGGUGUGAUAUGACUCCCGAAUUCUAUUACCACUAUCUGCGCCAAACCAACCGUAAGCGAAUGUUGUUGUGGGCCACCAAUCCCAACAAAUACCGCACCGCUUACUUUCUGGCGGAGAAGCACGCCAAUGCCGGGGACAAGGUACCAUUUCACACAUAA